AUGGCAGCGGACUUGGCACGGCUCCUGGAGGUGCUGGACGCGGUCUCGGCGGAUCUCACCGCGCGGACAGCGCUUCUCGGCGACCACUGCAGCAGUCUGAAAGCCUCGCUUUGCUAUUGCUCGUCGUCGUGGCAGCUCAAGAAGCGUGUGCAAGAACAGGCAGAGGCGGCCAAGAAUGAAGAGGACCAGCUUCGGCUCGCCGUGGCCCAUGCCGAGUCGGCGCUGGAAGAGGCGCUUAAGCGGGCCAAGUCCAUUCGGGGUGCGACUGUAAAGCGCGUGCCAUUGAAAGUGGCCUCGGAGUCCGCUCCGUCCUCGAUGACGACAGGAGCUGAAGCGGCCGCGGCAGCUACUCCUCUCGCGCUUCCCCGCAAAAUGACGAGCCAGAUCAAGGAGGUUCAAGACAUGGCGCUGCUGUGGCGCGGACGGGAUGCACCGCCAACCGUCGCUGCCGGGAAACUCAACCAGAUCUUAGCGCAGCGGGACUCGGUUUCGUCGGCCGUCCCGAUUCGCAUCUCGUACCGCGACCAGCUCGAGCGCAUCCAGAAGGCGUAUGCUUGUGUGCUGCACGUCCUCGAAACCAAGUGCUCGAGCUACCCCGCCGACGCGGCGCCCAGUCUCCCGACCGUCUUUCCCACUUGGUUUCGCCUCAAUAAGGUCAAGCAUCUUCUUCAAGCGCUGAAUGCAGAGCUCGCAGCGUGUCUUCAACGGAUACCGCCGCCCCCCGUGCUCUCCAAGCGAGCAGCGACGCGCAGUCAGACAUUCCUGCAGGCGAUUACAUGCGAUCCACAACACUCUGUUGACAACGCACCGCUCCAUUGUGAGAACGAUGCAAGCUCCGCGAUCUACACGAAACUCCAAGCUGCGUGGAAUGCAGACAUGGCGCCGCUCGUAGAGGCGCCAGCAUAUGUAGGUGCCAUCGACAACAUUGCGUCCGCCCAUGUGUGCAAGUACCUUGUUCCGCCGCUGCAAGAGCGACUCCAUGCCACUGCGUCUGUCGAGAACGCAUCGUACGAGCUCGACAGCAUGGCGUUGCUCCGGCUUUUGCACUCGCUGACCUGCUGCGAUGGACUCGAUAUACGCAGUGUGAUUUUGCUGGACUCAUGA